AUGAACGGACUGGGUGAGGUAGUCGAUGGCUCGGGGACCAUCGAUCCCGCAAACCUGAGCAACUCCGUCUCUACUAUGCCGGCACCAUCCACUGCUGAGCCAAGUCCCCGUGGUAUCAAGCGUAGUCGCACGCCAGAUCACGGCGGGAAUGGACUCGGAGAUGGUGAUCAAGAUGAUGAGGACCAAGGUCGUCGCAAACGCGGUCGUCCCCCCAAAACGCCUCGGGCCAGCUCCAACGACCAUCAGUCCGCAGGUACCCCUGUUCAAACGCCUCAGAUGCAAAGCCGGCCUCUACCUCACCAGGGUGCCGGCUCCCCGCCGCUUGCAUCGCCGCCGGACAAACCCACUCCGACAAAGACGCUCGUCAAAGCGCUUCCCACUGUCAGGGAUCAUACAUCUGAUCAAUUAAACGAUGAAGGUGAUGAAUACAUCCCCAAGGAGUUUGACGAUGCAGGGGAAACAAAGGUGGAUUCCAUGGGCUAUCCUCUAGGUGGCCGCGAAUACAAAUGUCGCACUUUCCGUGUCCCCCACCGAGGCACCAAGCUCUUCAUGCUGGCAACAGAGUGUGCGAGGGUGUUGAACUAUCGGGAUUCGUAUCUACUUUUCAACAAGAAUCGCUCUUUGCACAAGAUCAUUGCGUCUCAAAUCGAAAAGGACGACCUCAUCCAGCAAGACAUUCUCCCGUACUCCUACCGCUCUCGACAAAUCGCCAUCGUCUCCGCCAGGUCUAUGUUCCGUCAGUUCGGCAGUCGUGUGAUCGUGAACGGCAGACGAGUUCGUGACGAUUAUUGGGAGAGCAAGGCCCGGAAACAAGGCUUUACCGAGGAGGACUUGGCCGGCGAAAAACGUCCAGGAACCACCAAGGCUCGCGAUCCUCCGGUAGACACUCAGACUUCUACACUGCUGCCACUUCCCCACAACGAUGUCAUAUUUAGCAGUACGGUUGAGCCUCUGCCGCCUGGCUUGUCUCUAGAUGUUACGGACUCUACCUCGUUGGCCCAGCUCCCGAUGAUUCAUAUGGCGACAACCGACGAUCCUCGGCUGCGGGACUACAAUUCCAUGCCGCGUUCACGCCAGGAGUUGACUGGCCAACCAUACCAGGACAAUACACGGACAAGUACUGGAGCUGAAAUCAUUCAUCAGGCUCAGACCGCUGCCGAUUUCAAUAAGGCUUUGAAUGCUCAAAGAAGUUUCCGCCUGAAGGGAUUGGAUGAAUUUUAUUCGAAACCUCGCGAAGCCCCGGAAAUUGAGGGCCAGGCCACCACUGCUCUUGACUCCGGAUUGUCUGUUUCGCAGCCUAUUCAGCCUGCCCAAAUACCACCCGCGGGAAUGGCAACCUCUGCCCAUGCUCAACAUAUGAUUCCUCCUCAAGCUAUGGUGCCUGGCCAACAAGCUUUCCCCCAGCAGCCACAUCAACAAUCAAUCGGACAAUCUCCCGUCAGAGGAAUCCCUCCUGGCAUGCAACCCAACCUUAUGCACCAGCGAUCUAAUCCAUCCAUGUCAGCCGGUGUGCCCCAGGCUUCUUACGCGUAUCCUUCUCAGCAGCCACAGCAGAUGUGGGGUCAACCGCCACCGCAACCUCAACCGUCGCCCUUAUCGGCUGCGGGACCGCAAGGGGUGGGUAUGCCUCAGUACGGUCAGCAGAUGCCAGCAAAUCCGCAGCAGGCUCCAUCACCGAUGCACCAUGGCCAGCAACCCCAGCAGUCUCCUCGCCAACACCGUCCGUCGGUACCACAGAUUCCCCAGCAAUUCCAGCAGAUGCAGCAGCAUCCCCAGAUGCAACAGCAAAUGCAACAGCAAAUGCAGUAUGCUGCCGCUGCUGGGACACCUGCUGGUUACCCUGCCAUGGCGCGGGCAAUGUACCCUUCUGCACAGGGCCCCGGCGGUCAGGCUUUCAUGGCAGGCAACCCCCAGCAAGCAGGUAUGACGAUGGGUAUGGGUGCGGGUGGUAUGCCUGGUUGGCCUGCGGGAGCCGGUGCCCCGAUGCAACCUGGUCAGCCUCAGCCAGGUCAGUCUGGCAGUCCAUUAGGAGGAUGGUCAGGCUACUAG